CUGUUGCUGUACGCGAACCGACGUGAUCUGCGACUGGUGGAUGCUGCGAAUGGGAAGGAGAACGCCACAGUGAUCGUGGGUGGCUUGGAGGACGCAGCAGCAGUGGACUUCGUGUUUUUGAAGGGGUUGAUAUACUGGAGUGAUGUAAGCGAAGAAGCUAUUAAACGAACAGAAUUCAAUAAAUCUGGGAGUGUACAAAAUGUGGUCAUUUCUGGACUUCUGUCACCUGAUGGGCUGGCAUGUGACUGGCUGGGAGAGAAAUUGUACUGGACAGAUUCUGAAACAAAUCGGAUUGAAGUUUCUAAUUUAGAUGGAUCACUGAGAAAGGUUUUGUUUUGGCAAGAAUUGGAUCAACCCAGAGCAAUUGCCUUAGAUCCCGCAAGAGGGUUCAUGUAUUGGACGGACUGGGGAGAAGUGCCAAAGAUAGAACGUGCUGGGAUGGAUGGUUCAAGCCGCUCCAUUAUAGUCAACACGGACAUAUAUUGGCCAAAUGGACUGACGUUGGAUUAUGAGGAACAGAAACUUUAUUGGGCAGAUGCUAAACUGAAUUUCAUUCACAAAUCAAAUCUGGAUGGAAGUCAUAGGCAAGCAGUGGUUAAAGGCUCCCUUCCACAUCCUUUUGCUUUGACGCUGUUUGGGGACACGUUGUACUGGACUGACUGGAACACACAUUCAAUCUUGGCCUGCAGCAAGUACUCCGGGGAGGACCUGCGUGAAAUACAUUCCAACAUCUUCUCUCCCAUGGAUAUCCAUGCUUUCAGCCAAAAGAGGCAGCCAAAUGCUACAAACCCAUGUGGAAUUAAUAAUGGUGGCUGCUCCCACUUGUGUUUGAUGUCUCCUACCAAGCCCUCUUAUCAGUGUGCAUGUCCCACUGGUGUGAAACUUCUUGAGAAUGGAAAGACCUGCAAAGAUGGUGCCACUGAACUGCUGCUUCUAGCCCGCCGGACAGAUUUGAGGAGGAUUUCGUUAGACACCCCAGAUUUUACAGACAUUGUUUUACCACUGGAGGACAUCCGUCAUGCCAUCGCCAUUGACUUUGAUCCUCUGGAAGGGUACAUCUAUUGGACUGAUGAUGAGGUUCGGGCCAUCCGCCGCUCCUUCAUCGAUGGCUCGGGCAGUCAGUUUGUUGUCACGGCACAGAUCGCACAUCCUGAUGGCAUUGCUGUGGACUGGGUUGCCCGGAAUCUGUAUUGGACUGACACUGGCACAGACCGUAUUGAAGUUACAAGGCUUAAUGGGACCAUGAGAAAAAUAUUAAUCUCAGAAGACCUGGAAGAACCCAGAGCUAUUGUGCUGGAUCCCAUGGCUGGGUACAUGUACUGGACUGACUGGGGAGAAAUUCCAAAGAUCGAGAGGGCAGCAUUAGAUGGCUCAGACAGAAUUGUGCUGGUGAAUACCUCUCUUGGCUGGCCAAAUGGACUGGCACUGGAUUAUGCAGAAAGCAAAAUAUACUGGGGAGAUGCCAAAACAGACAAAAUAGAGGUCAUGAAUGCUGAUGGAACUGGGAGAAGAGUUCUGGUGGAAGACAAGCUGCCUCAUAUCUUUGGAUUCACACUGUUGGGAGACUACGUGUAUUGGACAGACUGGCAAAGACGCAGUAUUGAACGCGUGCAUAAGCGAACAGCAGAGAGAGAGAUCAUCAUAGAUCAACUGCCAGAUCUAAUGGGCCUAAAAGCUACAAACGUCCACCAGAUAAUUGGUACAAACCCUUGUGCAGAGGAUAAUGGUGGCUGCAGCCAUCUCUGCCUGUACAGACCACAGGGCCUUCGCUGCGCUUGCCCCAUAGGCUUGGAGCUCAUCAAUGACAUGAAGACCUGCAUCGUCCCAGAAGCUUUUCUGCUGUUUUCUCGGAGAGCAGAUAUCAGACGAAUUUCUUUAGAAACCAACAACAACAAUGUUGCUAUUCCACUCACUGGAGUCAAGGAAGCUUCUGCUCUGGAUUUUGAUGUGACAGACAAUCGGAUUUACUGGACUGACAUUUCCCUGAAGACCAUCAGCAGAGCGUUUAUGAAUGGCAGUGCACUGGAGCAUGUUGUGGAGUUUGGCUUGGAUUACCCAGAAGGCAUGGCUGUAGAUUGGCUGGGGAAGAACUUGUACUGGGCUGAUACUGGAACCAAUCGUAUAGAAGUGUCAAAGCUGGAUGGGCAGCAUCGCCAAGUGCUGGUGUGGAAAGAUCUCGACAGUCCCCGGGCAUUGGCAUUGGAUCCUGCUGAGGGAUUUAUGUACUGGACUGAAUGGGGUGGUAAACCAAAGAUUGAUAGAGCUGCUAUGGACGGCACUGAGCGGACAACUUUGGUACCGAACGUGGGACGUGCCAACGGCCUAACCAUUGACUACGCCAAAAGACGACUGUACUGGACCGACCUCGAUACCAACCUGAUAGAAUCCUCCAACAUGCUAGGCCUUGACCGUGAGAUUAUAGCUGAUGACUUGCCUCACCCCUUUGGCUUGACGCAGUACCAGGAUUACAUUUAUUGGACAGACUGGAGCCGGCGCAGCAUUGAACGAGCCAACAAGACCAGUGGCCAGAACCGAACUAUCAUCCAAGGACAUUUGGAUUAUGUUAUGGACAUCUUGGUCUUUCAUUCCUCCAGGCAGGCAGGCUGGAAUGAGUGUGCUUCGAGCAAUGGUCACUGCUCUCACCUGUGCCUGGCAGUCCCUGUUGGUGGGUUUGUCUGUGGAUGCCCAGCUCACUAUUCCUUGAACUCUGACAACAGGACUUGUAGUGCCCCUACAACCUUUCUGUUGUUCAGUCAGAAGAAUGCAAUUAAUCGCAUGGUGAUAGAUGAGCAGCAAAGUCCAGAUAUCAUACUUCCAAUCCAUAGUCUCAGGAACGUUCGAGCCAUCGAUUAUGACCCCCUGGAUAAACAACUGUACUGGAUCGAUUCCCGGCAGAACAUCAUCCGGAAGGCACAGGAAGACGGCAGUCAGAGCCUCACUGUUGUGACAAGUCCAGUUCCCAAUCAGAAUUUAGAUAUGCAGCCGUAUGACCUGAGCAUUGACAUCUACAGCCGCUACAUCUACUGGACCUGCGAAGCUACUAAUGUAAUCAAUGUGACACGCCUGGAUGGGAGACCCAUCGGAGUGGUGCUCAAAGGAGAUCAAGAUAGGCCCAGGGCCAUUGUGGUGAAUCCUGAGAAAGGGUACAUGUAUUUCACCAACCUACAGGAAAGGUCUCCUAAAAUUGAGAGAGCAGCAUUGGAUGGAACUGAACGAGAGGUCCUUUUUUUCAGUGGUUUGAGCAAACCUAUAGCCUUAGCUAUUGACAGCCAGCUAGGCAAGCUGUUCUGGGCUGAUUCAGACCUGCGGAGAAUUGAAAGCAGUGACCUUUCAGGUGCUAACCGGAUUGUUUUGGAAGACUCCAAUAUCUUGCAGCCUGUGGGACUAACUGUAUUUGAAAAUUGGCUGUAUUGGAUUGACAGGCAACAGCAGAUGAUUGAAAAGAUUGAUAUGACUGGUCGAGAAGGACGUACAAAGGUCCAAGCUCGUAUUGCACAACUCAGUGACAUCCAUGCUGUGAAAGAGCUCAACGUUCAGGAGUACAGGCAACAUCCUUGUUCUCAAGAUAACGGAGGCUGCUCACACAUUUGCAUCGUAAAGGGUGAUGGCACCACGCGCUGCUCUUGCCCAGUCCACCUUGUUCUGCUGCAGGAUGAGCUGUCCUGUGGAGAACCACCAACAUGCUCCCCUCAGCAGUUCACCUGUUUCACAGGUGAGAUUGACUGCAUCCCAGUGGCCUGGCGCUGUGAUGGCUUCACUGAAUGCGAAGAUCACAGCGAUGAAAAGAACUGCCCAGUGUGCUCAGACACCCAGUUUCAGUGUGAGAGUGGACAGUGCAUAGACAGUGCCCUCCGGUGCAAUGGAGAAGCAAAUUGCCAGGACAACUCAGAUGAGAAGAACUGUGAAGUGCUUUGUUUAACCGAUCAGUUCCGCUGUGCCAGUGGGCAGUGCAUUGGGAAAAGCAAGAAGUGUGAUCACAACCUGGACUGCAGUGACAGCUCAGAUGAGCAAGGCUGCUACACAACAGAGGAGCCUGCACCGCAGCCCAACAACACAAUAGGCUCCAUCAUCGGUGUGAUCCUUACAGUUUUUGUGGUUGGAGCAAUGUAUUUCAUUUGCCAGAGGGUGCUGUGCCCACGCAUGAAGGGAGAUGGGGAAACAAUGACCAAUGAUUACGUGGUGCACGGGCCAGCCUCUGUACCUCUUGGUUAUGUGCCUCACCCAAGCUCUUUGUCAGGGUCUCUCCCUGGGAUGUCUCGAGGUAAAUCUGUGAUCAGCUCCCUCAGCAUUAUGGGAGGGAGCAGUGGGCCACCCUAUGACAGGGCCCAUGUCACCGGAGCCUCUUCCAGUAGCUCUUCAAGUACCAAAGGCACUUACUUUCCUCCAAUUUUAAACCCACCACCAUCACCAGCUACUGAACGUUCACAUUAUACCAUGGAAUUCGGUUAUUCUUCAAACAGCCCAUCCACUCAUAGAUCCUACAGCUACCGGCCUUACAGCUACCAGCACCUCGCACCUCCCACCGACUCAGAACCCGUCCCCCCGCCGCCCACUCCACGCAGCCAGUACCUGUCCGCGGAGGAGAACUACGAAAGCUGCCCGCCUUCCCCCUACACGGAGCGGAGCUACUCCCAUCACCUCUACCCCCCGCCGCCCUCCCCUUGCACGGACUCCUCAUGA